AUGCAGGUUGUCAGUGAACCUCACAAUAAAGUUAAGACCGGCAGCGACAACAACAAACAUCACAAUAAAGUUAAGACCGGCAACAACAACAACAACAACAACAACAACAACAACAUCAUCAUCAUCAUCAUCAUCAUCAUCAUCAUCAUCAUCAUCAUCAANNNNGGUUUAUCAUACCGAUUGUGCAGAUCUGCGGCCUACCGGCCUGGAUACACGAGAAGCGCUCGGAAUACGAGAUGUCGGAAGAAAAGACAGGAAGCAUACCGACUCGCGACGACUGGCAACAAGAGCGUUCCCGUUGGUCCGGAAUAUCAAGCGCCCGAGAUUCCCAAGCUCUGGUGUCAAUCGUUCGGAGGGUGGAAGCGUGGGCAUCCAGUUUGGAACCCGAAGCUGGCUGAGGCGAACGGCCUCACAACAGAUGACAUCGACGAGUUCCUGGAGAAGGCCGAGGACGUGUGGCCCACACAAGCCUUUGUUCACAUCGAGAGAGGAGCGCGGCGUGGCAGCAACGUCGAGGAAGAGAUAGAUAAUGGCUCGAGGCGUUCAAGUCGUCUUCACAAUCCUCUGGAUUUCCCAAUGGAUUACCGAGCGCCGUUCUCGGUUGAUGCGGCAUUAGGCGUGUUACACUUAGCGCAAUAUAACUGUGACAAAGCACUACAGCUACUGGGGUGCCCUGAGUUCUACACGCCGCCAGGUAACGAAGACGAUAGAGCGCAGCGGCAAAGCAUCAUGACGGUCAAAUUGAGCCUGCCGACCAAGCCGUACAACAACAAGUGGCGACCCAAGGAUAGGCGGGGACGAAUUUCAUCGACACCGCAUCCCCAGAGAACACGGCGCUUGUUGCCACCACUUUCACCGCAGUUAUCAGCAGUGAAGAACGGCGUUCGAAAUGAUCAUAGCAAUUUCUUCAUCGGUAACACACUCUUAUAGUAUCCACUGUUCAUCGUGUACUUCUUCGUAGCCUUUCUCCAUUUACCAUUAUUUG